AUGCCAGAUGAUCCUCCACCGGGGUUUGAGCGGUGGCUAACGGACACUCAGCGCCAGGAGAGAUAUGACAUGGGUGUCAAUAUGGGAGGGAGACGCCAAUGCAUGAGGAGACAUGAGGUAUACAACGCUAUGACGGAUCCGGCGAAAAUUUCAAAUCUAGAUGGGCAAGUCCAUCCCGAGCUGAGAGAUGCUUUCGAUAAAGGGUCCGUGGACAUUGAGCAUAUAGUACUGCUGGUGCUGGAAAGUGCACGGAAAGACGUCUUUCCGAUGAGGGAGGGAAGUUUUCUGUAUGAUGUGAUAGUCAAUUAUCACGAAGAAGAAGGCCGAGACGCGAUGAUUGACAAAUUGUCCAGAAUGACUCCGACUGCUCAGAUGCUGACUCGGGAGUACGCGACGAAUAGCACGGGCGGGAAGAUGACAUUUGACAACGACGCCGUCGAAUGGCUUGACAAGAUACCGCGCGAUAUGGGAGGKAUCAACGUCAAAGGGGCCCUGACGGCUAGCUCGUUGACAUUGAAGAGUCUGCUGGCACUGCACUGCAGUGUAAUGCCGUUGCCGGUCGACAUGCUCGAGGAGUCCCAGCUAGAAAUUUACCAGCCUUGUCUACCGCAUAUUCUAGGUUUUUUCAACUCAAAGAAGACUGGUGAUGAUCUUCAGCUCGUUAAGGAGCGACCCUGGAAAUCAGUCUUUGUACAAUCAUCAACGGAUGGUUACGAUCGACAGAGUAGCCUCAUCAAACAACUCGGCUUCGAUGAGAAGAUAGUCAAAGAAACGAUCGAGGAUCCUUUGGCAGCACAUUAUCCGCCCAAGACUGAUGAAAUCAACUAUUUUGGCUACUCCGAAGAAGAAAUCGAGCCGUACUUGAAAGACCUCAUUUUCGACGCCGCGAAGAACCAGACUCGCCUGUUUCUAUCACACAUGACGCUCACAACGCAUCAUCCAUGGAAACCCCCAAAGACAUUCAAGAGCGAGGAAUACUUCGAUCGGUGGAGUCAUCGAGAUUUGAAUGCAUUCUUGAAUACGGUUCGGUAUAUGGAUUCAUGGAUUGGUAGGAUUUUGACAUACUUAGAGGAAGCGGGUAUUGCAGAUAGGACUCUUGUCGUGAUUGUCGGUGAUCACGGACAAGCAUUCGACGAAGACGACGGAUUACAAGGCACAUUCGGCAAUCCGCACAUCAGCAAUUUCCGCGUUCCGCUCAUAUUCCGCCAUCCUCAUCUGCCACACAUCGAUAUCGAAGCGAAUCUGACAACGGGCAUGAGUGUGCUCCCGACUAUUUUGGAUCUCCUCAUCGAAAGCGACUCCCUCAACCAGGCCGACGCGACGAUUGCAAAGACCCUGGUUCACGAGUAUCAGGGACAAUCACUCCUCCGACCGAUUAUUGACAGAGAUCAGAAUGGGCGGAGGGUAUGGAAUAUAGGCACCAUCAAUGCAGGCGGGGGUAUACUAGCGGUUAUGUCGGCUGACCUUCCAUAUCGACUCGUUGUACCUGUCGUCCUGUCUCAAGAUUAUAGCGACCAACAAGCAGAUAACGAGAUGGGUGGCGAGAGGUCAUUCGAGUAUCGAUUUACGCAUAUACAGGCCGAUCCGGAUGAGCAGCAUCCACUGCAAGGAUGGAAAUUCCCUGAACUGCGGCAGACCGUUAGGGACGAAUACGGUGACGACGCCGCGGAGUGGAUGGAGGAGGCGAGGAGAAUGGUGAGAUGGUGGAUUGCGGAGCAGAUGCGGAUAUGGAAUUAUUAA